AGACCCUUUCAUCUUAGUUUGUACAAUGCCCUCAAAAGCAACGCUUCAGAAUCGGCUUCUAGUCUUCCAGUAGUAGUGCUGUUUUAGAAACCAUCGACCACACCACCGAGCUCAUCGUACACGAAGCCAGAACGAUCUACUGGGCGGUUGAUGUUCCACUAGGAGUCUUCUGGUUCAGGCAGAACAAAUGGAUCUUAUUCUGGUUGUGUUCCUGGUGGUCUUCGGAGCUACACAGGGUUCCAGAAUCUGCAAUAUCUCUGAUGCUGUUGGAACUGUGAAGUGUUCUGGAACAUUAGGAGAGCCAUUGUUCCUUCAUCUGACUUCAGACACAGCUGGAAGAGGGAUGAGGCUGUACAAACAAAGCCUUGUCUUUCGAUUCACAAAGAAUGUGUCUAAAGUCUUGCAUCCAGACUAUAUGAAUCGGAUUAAGUUCUUCACCAAUGGAACUUUCUGGCUGGACUCAGCAGUGAGGACGGACAGAGUCCCCGUGUCUGAGCCAGUCCUGUCUCUCAUCUGUCUGUCUGGAGGAGAGACUCAGGUCACAUGCUCCUCAGAGGGAGAACCUGUGGAGUACCGCUGGAGUCUGGACAGCCAAUCACUGACCAACAUUAGUAUCUCCAACCAAUCUCAUCACACCACCACCAUCACCUUGCAGGGUCAUAUGACAGGAAGUGUGACUUGUGAAGUUCAGAAUGACAUCAGCACCAACAGGAACACUAUCCAGCUUUCUGCCUGCUCAGUCCCAUCCCAGUUCACCUACAUAUCUUUGACUGUGUCUGUCAAAGUGGCGACCGUCCUCCUUCUCUUCUCUCAGUUUCUGGGCGUCAGACACCUUCUAAAGAAGACCAGGUCCCAACCUGUCCACUCAGGUGGAGGAGUAGAGGACGUGAUCUGCACAGCAACAGACUUGAUGGUGGGGAGGAAAAAAGAGAGAGCCACACCCUCUCCUGUUCCUCAGGAGGUGGAUUACGAGUGGGUCGAGAUGACCGUCGCUCUGUAGAGACGCAUGAGGAGGAGGAGGAAAGGAGGUGGAGGAAAGGGUGGGAGGAGAUGAAAGUGUGGAGGAAGUUAUGGUGUCUCCACCCUGCAGGCAGACCAGCACCUCUCCUGACCAGACGAGUUGCACACAGAUCGACUGAAUUUGUGAAAAAAUACAUUCAAAUACAAAUCAUCAUUCAUGACUGUAAUUUGUCCUGUACUGUCAUUCAUUCAUUACUGUAAAUAUCACUUACUAUCAUUCAUUUAUUGAUGUAAUUUGUCCAUUACUGUCAUUCAUUACUUUUUGUACUUUGUUUCCUGUAAUCUAGUCUAGUAAACUACAGACA